UGUGACCUUACGAUCGGAGCUACGAUAUUCGGACAUCCAUCUUCGAGGCAGUAUUUUGUCUCAAGGUAAGCCUGUUUGUGGAGAGGGGGAGCACGUGGUUGUUUACUCAUAACAUACGGAACAAGAUAAAUAUCGCCUGCAAGCGCAGUGUAAUGGGAUCCAGAAUUAAACUGAGGCGACAUGAGGUACUCUGUGGUCUACUUGCUACUUUUGGCUUAUGGCGCAGGUAUCCUUGUGUCCACGGUAACGAGUGGUCCAGGAUGCUCAGAUAAGGACAUCCGAUCGUGCGGAAUGGAUUUCAUCCCAUUUUAUAACGCGACGCGUUUGGCAGAAGACGCAGCAGGCCUUGAAGCUCAAUGCAAGUUGUAUAUCACGCAAGUUUCCUGCGCGGAGAAUUUCACGCGUCGUUGCCUGCAGGGAUUUCCUCGUGCGGUGGCGCUCUUGGGACUUCAAGCAGCGUUGGCAGACUACGAAGAAGGUUGCAACGCCACCUCUGCCAAAUAUAAAGUUUACAUCGAGAAUAUACCCUGCAUCAACAAGGCUGGUCCAAGACUACACCAGUGCAUCAACAGUGCAUUCGAUAUAUUCCAAACGGCCACAGAGAAGGCUCCGGAGAAACGAAAGAUUGGUUAUGCCUGCUGUUACUACUACGAGCUGCAGGACUGCUUCCGAGACGCUCUGAGAGACAAGUGCAACAGACCGCAAGUGCUGAAUUUCUUCACCGAAAUCAUGGAUCAUGUAUUCGGUGACAUGCUUCAGCUUGGGUGUGGACGGUACAGGCGCGGUUCGUCCGGUUGUAAAACAAUUCCUCCGCUGCCGCGCAACAGGGACCUGUCUUUGGGAGCAGUGAACAUCGUCGAAACCAUCAAGGAUGUUGUUAAUUCUCUUGGCUAAUUUACCUUGGCGUCUAAAGUCUUGCUUGACGCUCGCCGCGAGAUAGGCGAUCUCCACUAGCAACCCUGGUGCUACUCGAAUUUUUGGGCUUGACUGGAUGAAUUAUGAGACUUAGGCAAUCGCUGGACCGGUGCACCGGGCAAGGCUGCUACAAGGGUACACUAUGAUAACUGUUAAUGUUAAGAAUGAAACGAGGGUAUUCCAUUUUGUAUUCUCCCGAUUGAUUGGCACAAGGCAAAGAGAAAGACGACGACGAUGACGACGGCGGCAUAAUAAUGGCAUCGACGAAACGUAUUCAUGGAUGUAUAGUGAGCUAUAAUGGAUGCCAGGGACCUCGCGUGUUUUUCAAUUUGCACCAAGGUGUACUAAAAGGUCUAGGUUCAGCCUUGUUGGCUGGGCUGCCUCAUGUUACCCAUUCACGGGUGCGGUCCCACAACUCCUGGACGCGGGAACUUCUACCUGCUGCGUUUCCGCCCUGGGCCGGUUCGCCCCUCCUUAGACAACCUGGGGGUCCUGGACUCCUCCGGGACCUCCAUGUUGACGUCCACCUUAGUGCGGACACCCGAUCAACAUGGGCAGGCACGAGACAUGGACCCCAACCUCAGGUUGUCCUCUAGACCUGGCCUCCGAGUAGCUGGAUUACAGGAGCACGCCACAACUCCCAGCCGCUAUUGCACCAGCUAUUUCAGAUAUUUGAGGGAUACAUUUCGUAUUUAAUGUUCGCUAAGAUUAACGUUAUGUACCACACAUGUAAAUGCUGCAUUAAAGGCGCAUUUCGUUU